AUGUUCUCUUUCGAGGGAAAUUAUCGGGCGAAGAGAUCUCAAGUACUCGAUCGGACCGAAAAACCAAAUGCUCAUACGAUUCUUCACAAAGCCAAGGAAGAGAGGAGGAAACAUGAGCUUUCACGGCGGAAAGAGACCGCUGCAAUCAAGUUGCAAGCACUGGCCAGAGGAUUUUUGAGUCGGCUAAAAACGUAUCGCGUUUUCAGUGAUGCGUUUAACGAAGUGUCCUGUGAGCUGAACCUUUUGGUCUCCCAAUUCAGCCGCACGUUACAUCGAUUGCUGCGCUAUUCGAAUUGGCUUUGUCGAACAAAGCCACAUAGUAGAGAUCAGCUGUUUGUCGCUUGCCGUCUUCUACUAUCAAACGUCGGUCGCGAUGCUUCACUGUCCUGGUUGUCAACCGAUUCUCCUUCUGAUCGAAUCGGUGCUGAUUUUCGAUACACAAUCGGUUGCACUCUAUGGGUUAUUUUGCGGUAUAUCGCAGACUUGCUUCCUCAGUCAUUUUCAACGAAGUUUGCAGUUCCACUGCGUGUCCUCGAGAAUAUGAUUAACGCCACCCAGGAAACACCCAAAACUCUCCCGUUCAUUUUCCCUGAAUUCCUUAUUGCUGCAAAUCGUUUUUGGCUCUAUCAGUUUCUUGCACAUCGUCAACAGUUAUCGAUUAAGGCCGGUUACUUAGUUGAUGGAACUGGCUCAAAUGCUCCCAGUGUUUUUGAUCCAGUGGAGUUCAGCAAAACACCCAAGACUAAUACCUUUCUAAACUUGUCCUUGUCUCCGGUUACGUGGACAUCCGAGUGUCAGUCGACCAGUUCGGAUGAACGCGACUCCACUCUUCGUUACCAGUUGGCAGCUGCGUUGUACCAGCUACUUGUGCCCACAGCCGACGAGUUCACCACAAACGAACGCAUCAUUUGCGACAUUGUGCCACGGUUAUUUGACUGCUCCAUCGCAAUUCGGAUGGUUCCGCGCAUGUGUCUUUCUCGGCACCAUUUCGACUGCCCUUCCGUUGAUGAUGACCACCUUAUCCCGUCCAUCCACUUGCUGUACACCUUAGUUGCUGUCGUUGUGCCCAAGUUGAUGUCCCUUCCCACCACCCCGUCGCCUGUCGAUCAGCGGGACCCGGUCGAAAUGGAAAUCGAUUCUACUGAUACAAAGGAAGCUCCACAGGUGAUGCCUAACUGA